GCGGUGGACGUUGCUCUUCGUCGUGGACGUGCGGGAAUGGAGGGAUGCGAUGGGGGUGGCCGUGCUGUGCUGUCGCGGAUGGAAAGGACAGCUGUCGCGGCGGCUGCCGUUGCCGUAGUCCGUCGAUACGAAGCGGAGAGGGCGGCGGGCCGCAUGAAGGCAGCGCUUUCCAGGCGACGACACAGGCUUCUGUUGCAGAGGGUGUUGGACGCCCCGGACUGCAUCACGACUUUGGAGGCCGUGGUUCAGCUGUGCACUGCAAUCGGCUCCGGUGUGCUUUCCAGGGCGACGCCACGUUGGUGGAUGAGGCGGAGAACUGGCAGGACUUGGGAGGAUUUGCGGGUGUGCGAUGACACGACGGAUGACUACUUUCGGGAAAAGCUCCGCAUGUCGAGGACAGUGUUCAUGGAGAUCACUGAAGCCUGUGCGCCUCAUUUGCAACGACAGGUCACGUUUUACAGGGGGCCGCUUCAGCCGGAUCAGAUCGUCGCGUACGCGCUGUAUAGGUGGGCAACAGGAGAGUCGUACGACAACAACACAUCAUCGUUCGGCAUUGGCAGAGCAUCCGGAGUUCGAGCCGUGCGCGAUGUGACAGCCGCGUUGUUGAGGGACAAGGGCUUUCCCAAGUGCCAUGGCGCAGUUGACUGCACACACAUCUACGUGGACAAACCGGCGAACGCUCCGAGCGAGAACUACUUCGACCGCAAGCACCGUUUCUCCGUCAUUGUGCAGGUGGUGGUGGACCUGGAUCUGCGUGUGCUUGACGUCUUCGUUGGCUACCCGGGCAGCUGCCACGACAUUCGGGUGAUCCAGCUGUCAAGUCUGUCGAAGCGCGCGGAAGAGGGAACGCUUUUUCGUGGGCCACCUGUAACGCUACCGGGAGGAGUGACGACGAACGGAUACAUCUUGGGCGACAACAGGUAUCCUCCUUCAGAAUGGAUAGUGGUGCCGUACGGAGGAAUCAAUCAGCACCCGGACGAGGAAAGGUUCGACAACAAACAGAAGGUCGCUAGAGGUGCUCUGGAGAGGGCGUUCGGGAGGUUAAGGGGAUGAGGAGGCUCUUCCUGCGGUCGCACAAGACGAACCUGGAGACUUUGCCGCAGCAGUUCACGGCCAUCUGCAUUCUCCACAACAUCCUGCUCGAUGCUGGAAUCGAGUUCGACGAGAACUUGUUGUGGGAAGUCGACGAGAUCGGGGUGAGGCGGCGAGUGGACCUGGGGAUUCAUCGCCCACUGCAGCCAGUGACGAUGCUCACAUCGACGGACGCUGCACACGCGCUCCGCAAUGCCCUUACAGAGCGAAUGAAACACAUCUGAUCGU